AAGGACGUCGUACCCUCUGAGCUGCAGCUUCUUUUGCCAGGACCCGGCGCGCCUCCUGCCCGACCCUUCGCGCUCCCUUGGCCUUCCGCCUCCGGCCACCCCUCGCAACCCGCUUCAGUCAUGGGGAAGCAGAACAGCAAACUGCGUCCAGAAAUGCUCCAAGACCUGCGGGAGAACACCGAAUUCUCCGACCUGGAACUCCAGGAGUGGUACAAGGGCUUCUUGAAAGAUUGCCCCACGGGCAUCCUCAACGUGGAGGAGUUCAAGAAAAUCUAUGCCAACUUCUUCCCUUACGGGGAUGCCUCCAAGUUUGCCGAGCACGUCUUCCGCACUUUUGACACCAAUGGCGACGGCACCAUCGACUUUCGAGAGUUCAUCAUCGCGCUGAGCGUCACUUCCCGGGGGAAAUUGGAGCAGAAACUGAUGUGGGCAUUCAGCAUGUACGACCUCGAUGGCAAUGGCUACAUCAGCAGGGAAGAGAUGCUGGAGAUUGUCCAGGCUAUCUACAAAAUGGUCUCAUCAGUGAUGAAGAUGCCAGAUGAUGAAUCAACUCCCGAGAAACGGACGGAAAAAAUCUUCCGACAGAUGGAUACCAAUAAUGAUGGAAAACUGUCCCUGGAGGAGUUCAUCAAAGGUGCCAAGAGUGACCCGUCCAUCGUGAGGCUGCUGCAGUGCGAUCCCAGCAGUGCCUCCCAGUUCUGAGCACCUCCCCACUGCCCAGGAGGCUCUGGGUGUGCCCACCUCCCCAAACAGCACCCACCUUCACCGGGCGUCUCCGAGGAAGUCACCAGCCUCCUCCCGUUCCUGCUUGGACAUCGAAGCGAGGAGCACCUGCCAGUCGACUGAAUUUUCUUCUGACUCACAGAUCUUUCCUUUCUCCCCUCCCUCAACACUGUAGCUUGAUGUGAAUGUGACACGAUGUGGGGUGCACUUGAGGGGGGCGGGCAAAGCCGGAGUCUGACCAGCCAGUCUUCUGUCACCCACCCACCCCGGUUGGGGUCAGCCGAAAGGGGCCGCUCGCCUGCUGCUGGCUCAUGGCCCACUCAUAUUCCCACUGCAGGGCUCCGAGUGCGAGCACAGCUUUUGCUGGUGAAAGUGAGGUCUGUAGCCUGAGGCUCCGGUUGCAAAUGCCAACGAAGCCGAAAGGCCACUGAGAGGGACCCCAGCAUAUGCCUGGACAACUCCCGGUCGGGCAGCGUAUAAAUUUAACAGAUUAGCAUAAUAAAUUAUUAAAAUGCCACUAAGCCAGAUCAGUUAUGUAUACGAAGUACAUGUCUCUGCUUUGCAUUGUUUAGGAGGCCCUCAGUGGAGCAGCUCUGGCAUUUCCAAGCAGAGUCUGUAAUGCUGAGGAUCAUUUGGAUAAGCACCCUUAGGGCUGGGCAGCUGUCAAAAGCGCUUUCGGGGGUUUUUUUUGUUGCUUCUGCUCCUUCCUUCCUUCCUUCCUUCCUUCCUUCCUUCCUUCCUUCCUUCCUUCCUUCCUUCCCAGGAGCAGAGAAGCACCAGAGGUCCAAAACAUUUUGUUCCUGCCCAGCUUUGAUCUACAUUCAGUACCAUUUAAUGCAAAUGACCUUAGCUCAUUUUCCACAGCCCACAGCAGACCCCUCCAGAGUCACAGCCACACA